CCUAGACAUUGCUCUAUUUUACGCGAAUAUCUCCUAGACACGGAAGACCGAAUCGGAUCAUUAGUCGUAAUGUAAUCAAUUACGUGCUUCAAGCCUAGACUUUUCUUGUGCUCUUCCGUGGCUCCCCUGAAGCUAACCGGGUUCUUGGGUCGAUUGUGGUCCUCUUCGGGAUAACCUGCGGGGAUAUAUAGAUCACGACAUCCAGGGCAUCGCUGACGCCUUUCCGACUAUCUCUUUGUCUAACCACCAAAAUACUAUACAACAUACUAUACCAAGCCUAAAGUCAUUUCAAUGGGAUCCGAACUCGGAUGGAAUUAAACCUAUUGCCGAGUUUUAUAAUAACAUUAAAUCAAUAGAACGUCCUAGGACUAGCCUGGCAGAAAAGAUGGAAUUGGAGAAUUCGCACAAUUCUCAAAAUGUCGGAACACCAACAUUUAGAAGCUUUCACCUUCGCGGGACAACAAGACACGAUUAAUCUUGGACUUGAUACGAGCGCACCAUUUCCGCUAGCACUAAAGCCCGCCGAUGGAUGGAGUCCGACUCUAGAGGAAUCCAUACAAACUAUCAAGAAGUUGUCGGAAUCUGGAGAAUUAUUUGAAAAGGUUAAAAAGCAUGGAGGUGCGGUCCUCAUUCGAGGAUUACCCAUCAAAACUCCUCAAGAUUAUAGUGAUGUAGCCCAUGCAUUUGGUUUUGCGGCCCACGAAGAGGUUGGCCGGCCACCAUUACGAACCGUGCUAGCGAAGAAUGUCAAGACUGCGAAUGAAGGACCACCAGAACUUCCCAUCUGGCCCCAUAAUGAGUAUGGGUGGUCGACGAUAAACCCUUCAUGGUUAACUUUUGCUUGCUUGCAUACCCCCGACUCUGGCGGCGAAACCCCAAUCACUUCUAGCAUUGGCCUGGCAACUGCGUUGAAGAAGAAAGCCCCUGCCUUCGUUGAGAAGUUACUUCAAAAGGGUGUGAAAUACGUAUAUAGGUAUGGACUGGAGGAUGUUAAGUCCAAUACGGGUACAAGUGUCAUCGGCGCAUACGGGCAACACGUUCAACCGGAUGACGGCGAAGAGACGAGAAGGAAGAAGAUCGAACAAGAAGUAAAGCGGCAUAGCGAUCGAUUCGAGUGGCACGAUGACGGAUCUCUAAGUGUGACGCACAUAGUCCCUAUUAUCAGGAAGCACGACGAUACUGGCUUGACUACGUGGUUUGGCAACGUCACAAGUGCAUGGGGCCGGAGUAAGUUCCACGGAGCAACAGAAAGUCCUUAUCGAGGUGAUGACGAUUCAUACCACCCACCACCCGAGUACGGAGACGGGACGCCGAUAGAGAAGGAAUAUCUGGACUUGGCGCUUGAAUUGGCGGAAUCACUCCAGGUAUUGGUUAAGUGGGAAGUUGGCGAUAUUGUAUUACUUGAUAACUAUGCUGUGAUGCAUUCGCGCUCUCCUUGGACUGGCAAAAGAACCGUGUUGGCGGCUUUAUGGGAUGACGACCGAACGCGGAUCAGCGAUUACUCUGCGCAGGACUAGUUUAUCUAUGCACUCGUGGGAUUGCUUCGAGCGGUUCAUAAUAUAAUACUAAGUGGCUUAGGUAUCUCAUCCAUGACAGUGGAUGCGUUAGUGGGGCAGGUGUCUAACAGCCCUGGAGAAUAUACCAAGCGGGGUUAUGUGCUGUGCAUACGGGAUCGCCUAACCCCUACGAACUACUAAACACGAUCCUGAGUUGUAUCUUCGAUCAAUACUUGCAUAUAUAGGCAGGUAGUAGUGGGUGCCACCAUCAUAGGCGUGAGAAUUAAAUCCGCCGAUGCGAUGCCAAUUUAUGAUGUGAAUUGCGCCCACCUACGUACCUGGCUGAAUUUAGUGGAGGUCGUCUUUGCUUGCGUAACUGUUAGGAACAGUUAGUUGGUGUGUAAAAC